CCGCCCGGCUCCAGCUGACCGGCCUGGAAUCCCGGCCGGGAGCCGCGCGCCCCCCGCCCGCCGCCGCCCCGCGCCCCGGCCCCACCAUGGGAGACGCCGGCAGCGAGCGCAGCAAGGCGCCCAGCCUGCCCCCGCGCUGCCCCUGCGGCUUCUGGGGGUCCAGCAAGACUAUGAAUCUCUGUUCCAAAUGCUUUGCUGAAAAAAGAAAUCCACACAAUGAAAAAGAUUUCCAGAAGAAACAGCCGGACGAUGACUCUACUCCCAGCACAAGCAGCAGCCAGUCAGAUUUGUUCUCUGGGGAAACAAACAGUGACAACAGCAAUACCUCUCUAACCACGCAGGCCGCUAACUCCAACCAGCAACUUUUGACAGAACUGAAUGUAACUUCACCGAGCAAAGAGGAAUGUGGGCCAUGCACAGGUACAGCUCAUGCCUCGUUAACCACACCAACCAAAAGAUCUUGCGACUCAGAUUCACAGUCGGAGAGUGAGGCUUCCCCUGUGAAACGGCCACGGCUACUGGAUGACAGUAAUGACAGGCCUGAAGAAACCAGUCGAUCCAAACAGAAGAGUAGACGUCGUUGCUUCCAGUGCCAAACAAAACUGGAACUAGUACAGCAGGAACUGGGAUCAUGUCGCUGUGGUUACGUGUUCUGCAUGUUGCACCGCCUGCCUGAACAGCACGACUGCACGUUUGACCACAUGGGCCGCGGGCGCGAGGAGGCCAUCAUGAAAAUGGUGAAACUGGAUCGGAAAGUAGGGAGAUCUUGCCAACGCAUUGGCGAAGGAUGUUCCUGAGUGCAAGACUGCAACCAAAUGCUGUUCUCUUAGUUCACUAAUGUUAGCCUUAUUUAGGACAAAGUCAGCCAGACACCUUGUACUAGGCAAGUUUCAGACUACAGCCAAUCAGUUUCCUUUCUUUAGCCAACCGUCCUGGUACUGUAGUUUAGGGAUCGAUGGUGGUUGAAAUUGAUCUCUGGCUGGUUACUAAGGUGCCUGCUAGCCACCGUAUAAAAAUAAAACAUGAAGAAAUAUUAUUUUUGAGUAUGGCUAGUGGAUUUAAACAAAGCAAGAAAAAUCCAAAGGCUUCUGUUAUUGCUGGAGUCACUCUAAAAGCCUUAUGCUGGAAACAUUCCAGCUGCAGAGUUAAAACAAAUAGUUGUAUAGAAGCUGGUGUAAAAGUUUGCUAUGCACAUGGCUUUUGGACAAACUGUUUAAUGUGCAGCCUUUCACCUCUUCACUGCUACUGAAUCCUGAGGAGGUGAAAUACUACUUGGAGCAGCAACUGCAGCUGCUUAAGCCCAGAAGACCUGACGGGUCACUCGUGCCUUCAUCGCGUGUGGCUUUUGAGUUAGGCAGUGUCACCAGCAUCAGGGAUUCUGUUGGGGUAGGAACACCUUUCUGGUUCUUCCCAGGAAGCCAAAAAGAAAGGGGGACAGAGAUUCUUAUGAAAAAUUUUUAUAUGUAUCUUACUAUAAAGAACCUAUCAGGUUUUUUUUUGUUUUGUUUUUGUUGUUUUUUUUUUUUUUUUUUUUUUCCUUUCUUCUCUGUUAAAUUAUGAUCUCUCUUUAAAGCCAACUCCAUCCUGGAGCAGUAAAUGGUGCAUAACUUUUUACAUGGCAUUCACAGAGAUUCUACGCGUUGUGUGAACAGAUCCCACAUACCUUGAGCAGUGCAGCCAUUCCCACUGGCCGAAACCUGAUUGGCUCUUGUUUGCCUUUUGCUAAGUGCAGGUAUCUGAUGAUUGAUCAAAUAAGGCUAAUUCACAGCACAGUAGCCAUGGCUGGAUUCUACAGACUGACUUUCUGUAGCUAGACUUACAUAUUGGGGAAAAAAGGACAUUUUGUAGCAAACGGAAUUCAGUAACAGUAUUGGGGAACAACCUGUAAAACAAACACCCUUUGUCAGAACGAGUUCGUGUUCCUCACGUUCAGUGUCAAUGAGAUAAUCAAAGGGGCCCCAGUAGCCCUCCUUCUAUGCAGCUGAAUGCGCCCACAAAAAUCCCUGCCCGCAGAGUGAGUAUAGCAAGUGGAUGUGAAAAGCAUUACCUGGAUAGAACGUUCUGGAUCUGGUUAGAGCCGUGGUUCUGUGUCACGCCAAGCUGAGCUGAACCACACCAGCUCUGCCACUUUGGAAACAUAAAAGCAAACGUCAUAGCCGGGCUGUCUCCUGCUGCACACAGGGCUUAUGCAGGUAAAAAUGAUUUGUGCCGAUGUCGCCCAGCAUAAUCCUGAACGAGUUGAACUUCUCAGUCGAUUAGUAAGUUAUUAAGAAGUGGGUAAAUUUGUAAGAAAACCUGAGGGAGGGAUUGACUUUCUCUCAUCUUCAAAUACUGGGCAGAUCUGAAACAUCAGUGGGGGGGUGAAGUAACCUGCCACUUGGAAAACCCCAGCUUGUAUGAGUCAUCCUCCAUUCUACUCAUUACAGGUAAUUAAAUCCUUAUAGGCCAAAUUAUACUGUUACUUUGGUAGCCAGUUAGGAACAUUUAACAAUGAGACAACUAAUUAAAAAAAGAAUGCAUAGAUAUAUAUAAAUAUAUAUGUCUCUCCACACACACACUCAGCAUCUGACUGUAUUAGCAUUAACCAUGAAGCAAAUCAGAAGUGGCCCAUCAUUAUAAAUGCAAGCUGUCUGGAAGGCAAGCUGGUUUGGUUUUUGGUUUUUUUUUCCUCCUUGUUCUUAUUCAAGAAUAUGAACCAGCAGCAAAAGCUUCUGUAGUGGGCUUUUCAGGAAGUGGUCCUGGCGAGAGGGACUGUCCAAGGAUAUUAUUUACAUUUGCUGUGAGGAGUUUAAAAAAAAACAUGGAUUUCGGCGGCUGCUGUGAUACGCACUUUCUUUUCCUACAAAAUCCUAUCCUAGCAUUUAAUGGGCAUUCUGAUUGAUAAACAAGACUUUUCUCCAUUAAUACUGAAGAUGCUAUUUUGUUCCUCCUUAAUAUUCUCUUUAAUCUCGUUACAAGUGCACAGACGGUUUCAAGGUGGCUCUUGAGAGGACACUACUUAAAGUUCAUGUGAAUUAUGGACAAUGUUCACUUUAAAUAAAAAGUUGGGGAGGGGGUUGUUCCUUUGCAGUAUCUGUUCUGUGAAGUUUGUUAAACGUAAAGAAAGCUUAAGUUCUUGUAUCUUAAAAGAAGAUCUUAUUUAACCCUUUUGUGUUCUAGAUUUACUUACACAUGUAGCCUAGAGCUCAGUUUUAGUUUAACAUUGUGAAAAUAUUAAAAGAAUCUUGUAACUUUAUUCUUUUUCCUCAUGCUAAAAAAAAAUUAAACCAAUCAGAUUAAAGUUUGAAUUCCUUUCUGCCUAUUCCAACAGGUCUUGCUAUUUUGCACCAUUUCUACUGUAAAUUCAUGUAAGAAAUAGGAACAGGAAAAAGACCAAGGUUAGGUCAGUAACUUCAAGCUGAAUUUACAAUUGGUGAAGGGUGGAUAGGAUUUUCUGCAGGUCUGGAAGGGAAGGAAAGUAUUUCUGCUGGGUUUGAAUUGAGGGAUUUGUUUUGUAAGCAAAUCUGCUGUAGCCAGUUUGAUCCAUUUAACUUUGAGGUUAGAUGCAGUAAUCAAAUCAAUAAUUUGUACAUACUCUUCAAGUCAAAUGCAUCCUGUACACUGUAUCACUGGCACUAAAAUGUUUUAAAUGUUAUUUCAUGCACUUUGACAGCUUCACCUAGAGUAGCUGUAUUCCAAAUCAGAAUGGGCUGUAUUCAUAAUGGAUAAGCAGAAUAAUAACUAUUGUUUCUUAAUCAUUUAGAUGAUAAAAACACAAGGCUAAUUAAAAAUCCCACAACUGACUGUAUUAGAGGGGGAGAGAAUAUAAAAAUAAUAAUUUUAAAAAAAAAUUGAAAAUAGUUUGGAAUUGAUAAUUCAUGGGACACAUACACCCUUUUUUUUUCUUAAAUUCUUAUGGUACUUCCCAUUAUAAAACUGCUUUAUUCUUGAACGAGUUGGCUGCGUUCUAGUAAAGGUAAGUUACAUCAAACAGCUCUGCCUUUUCAUCCAGUGUUAAACCUGUGACUAGGUGCAAGCCAGGGUUUCUAGGUAAAAUAAGAAUUACCUGGGAACGUUGCUGUGUACCUGUUCUGUUUUGAAGCAGCUCCAUGUCUUGACUGAGCAGCAGCACAUCUGUAACGUGAGGUACCUGAGAACGUGAACUGCUCUUCAGUAGUGUGCAGGCAACACCCUGAAAAGAGUCCUGGUGCAAUUCCAGCAAUCCAGAAGUUGUAUUAGCUGCUUUUAUCAACUCAGUGGCAAGUGAUAAAUACAUUCAAAACUUGAAUUUUGCAUGACUUCUCUUUGGGACAAAUCAUAGUCCCCUGGCCUAGUCAAUGCAAUGUCCUCUUUAUAUUUGGCUUUGUACUCACUGUGAUGUUCAGUUCAUUCUGUAAUCAGCAGUUCCUUCUGUGAUUGUGCUACAUCUUAGAUAUAAAUCUCUAGGGGAUAAGUGCACUUUUUUUUAAUCUUACAAUGAUUAUUUCAGUACAAAGGCUCACCAGGGAGAAAAACUGAUAUUAACUGUGUCAUAAAAAUACAGAUUUUAUAAUAGACUCCAUGAAGUAUGCCAGUGUAAUAUCUUGACAGCACCUGUCCUCACAGUUGAUGUGUAGACAGUUAAGUGCCCUGACAAAUUGUAGUAACAAUCUCUUUGUUGUAUUGUAGUUACUGAUAUUGUCAGUCAUCAGAGGAACAGCCAAGAGAAGGUCUAAGCAAAGUAAUCUCUUAAUGUAACAAUGAGCUUGCAGCCAGUUCACACUGGAAAUAAAUUCAUAUUCUCCUCAAACCUUUAUGCCUAGAAAACCAAUGGAAACAUUUAAGACUGCACUUCUUAAAAUGAAAAUAUUUAUUGGCACCAGAUGUUUAGCUCAUUAUUUAAAUACUUGAUUAGAAUUCUUCAUAGAGAACAAAAACAAUACAUGUAGUUCAACACAAAGGCUGUGGUGGCAGGAGCUGCUGUGUAAGGAUGUACUUUUAGCAUAACCAGUUCAUAAGAUUAUGCUUAGUUAAAGCUGUGUCUGUACAUACUUUACUAAACAAAGGACCACAGUGAAAGAAGAGCACAUAAGAGUAAACUGCUCAAAAGUAUUUGCAGUGCACAUUUUACAUGGUGAACUGGUGCAAUAAUGGGCUUUGUUUCUCACUUAUGAGCAGCUGUUUUGGGAGAACAAACUCCACUGUUGCUGGAAAGAGCCACUCUUAAAUAAUGGUCCUGAAAUACAUCAGUGAGAAGGACUCUUUCUCAUAUUCAUUAAUUUUUCCUUUUUGUUGAGGCAGUCAGCAUGUGCAGCUGGGCAUUUGAAUGUAGGUCUGCUUGAAUGUUCCUCUUUUUGGCUGCUUAGUAUUCUCCACCAAAAAAAAAAAAAACAAA